AUUAUUUAGUAGCUUUGCUUCUCCCUUGUUGAAGAAGCCUGCGUGAAAUAUUAGAGAGAGCAGUGCCCUUCUUCUUCUCCAUUUCCUUUGUGUGAGAGUGUGAGAGAGAAUACCUUAGUGGUAGAGAAGAAGCUUGGAGUUGUGUUGUGGUCUAGCCUAGAGUGGUGUGUGAGAGUAUAGCAAAAGGGUUGGAGACCUGAGCCGGAAAGAAAUCUUCACCCAACAGUUCCUACAUUCCGGGGGGGGGAUCUCUACUCAUUUUUGCUUGUUCCUACACUCCAAAAGCAUACCUUGUGCACAAUUAACAUACUUCGUAUUUGCUAUAUCCAUGAAAUUAUGUGAUCAAGCAGUUUUUUUUUUAAUUUCCAGACUUAUUAGAGCAGCCUCUUUAGAAAUACGUAGUACAUUUGAAGAGAGGGAAUCUCUACUCAUUUUUGCUUGUUCCUACUCGUUUUUGGUUGUCAUACCUUGUGCACAAUUAACAUACUUCGUAUUUGCUAUAUCCAUGAAAUUAUGUGAUCAAGCAGCUUUUUUUUAUUUUUUAUUUAUUUCCAGUCUUAUUAGAGCGGCCUCUUCAGAAAUACGUAGUACAUUUGAAGAGAGGGGGGCCUGCCAAAAAGUGAUUUUAAUGUGUCAAAAGCACUUUUACAUUUAGAAGUGACAUUUUCAAAACGGCUUUUAAAAAGUCAAAAGGCACUUGAAAGUGCUUUUGAGAGAAGCACUUGGCAGGUGGUUUACCCUUAACUGCUUUUGAGAUAAACAUUUUCUUUGGAAUAUCUAGCCUAUAGCAUGAUAAGUUAAGGUGUGUUUUUUCUUGUUUUUAUCAAAACCGCUUAACAGAAGCACAUCCAAAUGAUCUGGUGAUAUCUGUAACACAUUUGCUUCAAUUUCUUGCAGUUCACUCUUUUUAUGGUUUCCAUGGUUAUAUUCCCAAAUUUGGUACUUAGGACGUUCAAGCCUCAAGCAGACAUGUUCCGUACAGAUUAAACCAUCAUUUUGGACCUCAUUCCUGCAACCUAACUAAGUUCAUGGUGUUUCCCAUUGAUGAUAUUUACUUCAGUCCUGAGGCUGAAGAAAGAGGUGGCUACUGACCAGCUCCCUCCGUGGGUGCUUUGUAAAUAAGUUGUGUUUUAGACCUUCUAGUGGAGAAAGAGGUGUCAUUGGGACAUGUUGUAAAACACAUUUUUAAUACACAACUUAUUUACAAAACACAUUUUUAAUACAACAUGUCCGUGGCUGAAGUUGUCAUUUGACUGAAGAAAGAGGUGUUUUUUUUUGUAAUUGUUUGCAAUUCUAAUGGUAAAGGUAAGAUGUCAUGUUCUUCUUAGAGUGCUUGCUGCUAUGUCCAUUCGUACUUCCCCGGCUAUUCCUUCCCUGCUAUCAAGAAUCUUUC